AUGAGAGCCAAUCCUGCCCUCCACACUCCAAAGUAUUAUUUUCUCAGCAGUCUCUUGGACAUCUGCUACUCAUCCACCACCAUUCCAGUCAUGCUGGUGAACUUCUUCCAGGAGAAUAAAACUAUCUCAUAUGAGGGCUGCAUUUCUCAGACCUUUAUCCUAGAUCACGUUGACUGUGUCUUAUUGGCUGCUAUGGCUUAUGAUCGCUUUGUAGCGUCUUGCCACCCUCUUCAAUAUCCAGUCUUCAUGAGUGUGAAGGUCUGUGUUUUUUUGUUGACUAGGUCCUGGAUGUGUGGCCUGGUGAAUUUUGUGACACACACAGUGCUGGCAGCCACACUCACUAUGUGUGGGCCCAACCAGAUCAAUCACUUUCUGUGUGACAUCCCAUUGUUCCUGGAGCUCUCCUGCUCAGAAGUCUCUCUCAAUGAGUCUAUGCUCCAUGUGGCCAGUGCCACCACUGGCCUGAGCCCCUGUCUGUUUACUGUAGUGUCCUACAUACUCAUCAUCUCUGCCAUCCUCAGGAUUCCCUCUGCUCAGGGCAGGAUCAAGGCCUUCUCUACCCGUGCAUCCCAGAUUACUGUGGUGGUGAUCUUCUUUGGAACAGCCAACUUCGCUUAUGACAGACUCAGAGAAGUCUGGGACAUGGACAUUCUGGUCUCCGUGUUCUUCCGUGUUGUGACUCCCAUGUUGAACCCCAUCAUAUACAGAGAUGAGAUCUCCUGA